AUGUCAGUGACGGCGCCCGACGCAGCGACCAGGCGGGGCAGCCACGGAGGACACCGCCACGCGGGGAGGAAGCCCACGCGUGAAGGCAAGGCACAGGGCCAGGCUGGGGGGAGGCGUGGCAAAGCCUCGUUGGACGCGCGCCAAAGUGCCGCAGCGCCAGUGAGCAACAAGCACAAGAGCGCGGAGAUGACGCAAGAUGGGGAGCGCUACGUUGUUGUCGUCACAAACGUUGAGAAUGAUUUUGCACGGGUGCACCAGGAGGCCGUGGCACGGUACUGCUGCCUGAACGAGCAGCACGGCCCUGUCUCGCAGCGGCGGGCUUCAUCGUCGACGGUGAAGGGCGCAGCGGGGGUUGCGUCAUCACCACUGGGAAAGGAAAAGCAAAGACGACAGUGUCGCUACACCGUCACGCCCCGCACGGAGACCCGCUCCGUUGAGGUUGCCGUGUACGGAAAGGCAGACGGCGAUGUCGCGAGCGUCUACCUGCCAAAUCGUACUGGCGUGCACGAGAACAAGCACCCACGCCGGGCGAAAGAAGCGGAGAAAGCAGUGAAGCUGAUGACGAUGGAUGACGAUGGCGAGGGCGAAGGCGACUGUGGCGCGCUGGUCGAGUGUGUGAAUGCCCCCGUCGGCGGUGAGACGGCGUUUGCCUCCUUGGAGGACAUGGUCCUGGCUCUCCGACACGCGCCGUACUUUACGCACCCGCCAAGGUUCCUCCUCAAUGUAGCGGGCAAGGAAGAGGGUGAGGUCCUGCGCGGGACAAAGUCGCGUAAACGGCCAAGGAAUGACGCUACCGAUGACGAAAGAGAGCAACCGCAGCAACACGUAGAGCCACACUCCGGUGAUGCCAGCAACUCUCACCCGCUCCUUCAAUCAACAGUGCGUCAGGCCGACAUGGUCACUGCCGUCGCGACGACCUCGGCGCGGAUGCACACAAAAGAGCUUCGGCACCAGUUAAAAGAUAUCCCUGGUUUCAUCACAUGCUGGAUUUUGUACCCGCAGCACUUUCGUGUUGUGUUUGCGUCAAAAAUGGCGCUAUUUAGGGCGAAGGAGCUUCUUGAUCAGUUUGAGGUGGACGGCCACGUGCGGGUGUCCCUCACACUGGCAGAUGGCGUCGCAAAGGAGUUUUCGGACCACCUAGCCUUUGUGGAAAACACGGCCUGA